AUGCUGGUUUUUGCGAAUUUCUGUAAGGAUGUUGAGUUUGAAGUCCAGAAUGUGAAUGGACGAGUGUUUUUGGACGGGAGAGUGGACGGAGUGGGGUUUCGGGGGAUAGAGGGGAGUGUGCCAUGCAAUUUCUGGGUUGUUGAGGCAAGUGAUGGCAAGAUUUGCAUGGAGAAUGCGGUGCGAGCAAGGAUGAUUGCUGUUGAGACGGUGUAUGAAAGCGGGGUUGUUAGCAGGGAGACGGGGAUUGAUGAGUUGUAUAUGUCGUUUGGAAACAAGAGGAUGAUGGAUUAUGUGAAGAGAAAGAGCAUUGACGGAAACAGCGGCGUGCUUGUGAGAUCGAAGAUUCAUGCGAAGACGCAGAUUCUACCACCAAUAAACGAGGAUGCAAAGGGCGUGGAGGAGUAUUUUGUGCUUGAACGAAUGUUUCCAGCAACGGUGCUUGAUGAGUUUUCGAAGAUAAAUCUUGGGUCUGUGGAGCUUCAUGCAGAUCUUGAGGCUUUUAAGCAAGAUGUGGGGAUGAAGAAGCAUUUUUUGCUGGCGGACUGUAUUAUGAAGGUGUUGGAGAAGAAGUAUAUAACAAGGGAUUGCCUGAGCGAUUCUGAGUAUUGGAGUUUUUCUGAGGUAAUCAAGAACGAUAUUGAGGAGAUGAAGCUGACGCCUCUGUGCAGGGACCGGCUUGCGGUUCUUUGUUACAUUUUGCUGUUCCAGAUCGAUGGGUUUUGUGUGCACUAUGACAUGCUGCCGAAGUUUGGAUUUGGGAAGAACAAGGUGGUGGGCAUGCUUAAGCUGAUAGGAUGUGAGCAUUCGCACACGAAGGAGAUGUAUAUGAUGAGAAAAAAGCCCAGGAUGAUAGGAUAG